UAAAUGAACAAUUUUUUGACAGUUCAGUGUAGAGCUUAGGCUCUGCUGCUUUGAGCUAAAAAUUCGAAAUUUAUCAAAAUUUUUUGUGGUUAGUCGCAAUCCUUGGCAUCUCGCAAAAUGGCCGAGAGAUGCUGUACAUGCCGCAAGAAAGAGGCCCGUGUCCAUGUCAUCUUCGUGGGAGGAACAAUUGGAAUGACAAGAAAUGAAAAAGGAGAAUUGGUUUGUGUACCCAAAAUUUUUUGUCAACGGCUUAACGAAUUCCCAACCUGCAACGACAAAAAAUAUGAAGUGGAACAUUUCUCAGCUUUGCCGCUGCUUCCAGAUUUGCCAUAUCGUGUUCUUUACGAUGUUCUUGAGUUUAAUCCAUUGUUAGAUUCCAGUUGUAUGGGUAUAGGGGACUGGCAGAAGAUAGCCAAGGAGGUGGCCAAAAACAUGUGUUCUUACGAUGGCUUUGUUAUUCUUCACGGCACGGAUACCCUUGCAUAUACGGCCUCUGCACUUGCAUUUAUGCUGGAAAACCUGAAUAAGCCCGUAGUGGUUACAGGUGCUCAGAUUUCGAUCUUCGAUCCCCGGUCCGACGGGAGGGACAACUUCUUGGGUUCCCUCCUCAUCGCCGGUAAUUUCAACAUACCCGAAGUGGUGGUUUUCUUCGGCAACAAGCUUAUGCGUGGCUGUCGCACCACAAAAGUCAACUCUGACUCCUUCCACGCCCUCGACUCGCCCAAUCUGCCACCGCUGGGAAAGAUGAAUGUUAAGGUUGAGAUCAAUAGUCGCCAAAUCUUCCGGCCGUGUACGGUUAACAGGUUUUCACUGUUUAGCGAUUUCGAACCUAAUGUAGCCAUGAUUCGCAUCUAUCCGGGAAUAACAGCUUCCAAUUUAAAGGAAUCUUUGAAGGAACCGAUUAAGGGAGCGGUACUUCAGACGUAUGGUGCCGGAAACUUUCCUAGGUGUCGCGAGGAAUUGUUGGAUGAGCUUCGAGAAGCUAUUCUCAGGGAGGUCAUCAUUGUAAACAUCACCCAGUGUUCCGCUGGCAUGGUCAGCUCCGCUUAUGCGACGGGCUCUGUGCUGUCGGAAAUAGGUGUGAUCUCAGGCUAUGAUAUGACCCAGGAGGCCGCCUUCACCAAGCUGGCUUAUGUGUUGGCCAAACCGGAAUGGAAUCUGGCCAACAAGAAAAAGGUAUUAUUGCUGAGCCUGCGCGGCGAGCUUACUACCAAUAAGAUACCCAAAAUAAACGACAUCGACCUUAUCGAGGGUGUGGCCCGCACCCUGCACAUGUCUUUGGACUUGGAGAAGGAGCAAAUGUGUUCUACGUUCUAUCCAGCAUUGGUGGCCGCCGCCGUUACCCAGGGCGACACCCAAAAAAUGAGCGAUCUCAAGCAGUACGGGGCGGAUCUGUGCGACAGGAACGCGGAUGGGCGCACUGCCCUCCACCUGGCCUGUUACCUGGGAAAGCUCAAUUGUGUGUGUUAUCUAAUAUCAGCCGGGUGUCCCUUGAACGUGCAGGAUCGCUUCAAUCGGACUCCGCUCCACGAGGCCAUUGACACGGACAACCACGAAGUCAUCCAGGCACUAUUAAAGAACGGAGCCAAACUGUGUGAUCCUCCGCUGGUGCAAGCGGAGCUGCUGCGUGCCCUGACCGAACGGGGAAAAGUGAAGCGACUGGAAUCGUUCCGACUGGCCGGGGCUGAUGUGACGCUAGCCGAUCGCACAGGUCGCACGGCACUGCACUACGCCUGCCAGUUGGGAAUCCACGAAGUGGUGGAGUACUUGCUACCGUACUAUAAGAAUCCGCUGUUGAAAGACGAACUGGGCAUGUCCCCCAUGGACUACGCCAAGGCGGCCAAUCACGAGCACAUCGUCACCCUGCUGCGGUACAAGGAGAACGAAAAGAAGAACGAGGAUCCGUGUUCGUGUGCUAAUUAAAAUAAAUAGAUUAACAACACAGCCAAGUUAUUCCACAAAUUAAAUAUAUCUUAGACGCCAUAUUUUUUGUCAAAUUUCAAA